AUGGAAAAUAAACUCCAAUUUUUUGUUUUUUGCAUCAUCUUAAUAAUUCUCCAGUUCCAACAAGUAACCCCUAAUGAAGGUGGCCAAAAUGUUGCAGAAGAUUAUCCAGAAAAACCAGUCCUUAACAAGUUUCUGAUGGACACAGUUUCUCUACUCAGAAAAUCCCAAGAAAGUACAUGGGAGAAAAUCAAAAUUGUCAUUCAUGAUCUUCAGAUGCAGUUUUCACCACCAAAUUUGGAUUUUAGGGGUGUGGGAAAGGGUGGUGUAAAAGAAGCCGUUGAGAAGAGUUUUGACAAAAGCAAAGGAAGAAACUGUUAA